AUGCGUCUUCUAUGGAACGGAGGCGUCGUCGGCCUGGGUCUGCCGUUCGGUCUCGUGUCUUCUGCCAUGGCUGCCUCACAAUUCCAUGGCCAGGUCCUUACCCAUGAUUCUCAGUUGCUGACUACCUACGACUAUGUAGUUGUAGGAGGUGGCAUCUCUGGUCUCACUGUAGCCAACCGUCUUUCGGAGAAUCCGAAGCUCAAUAUUCUUGUUAUCGAAGCUGGUGAAUUUGAACAAGGCGAAGACUACAUUGUCAUCCCCGGACUGGCGGGGGGCGCCAUCGGCACCCAGUAUGACUGGAACUUGACCUACGUGCAGAACCCCGACGCAGGAAACCGCACAUUAGCCAUCCCCCAGGGUAAGGCCGUCGGUGGUUCGAGUCUGCUGAACCGCAUGGUCUUCGACCGCGGAUCUCAGGCGGACUAUAACCGAUGGGAAACACUAGGCAACGCCGGGUGGGGAUGGACUGAUUUGUUGCCUUACUUCAAGAAGAGUGAAAGCUUCACGCCGCCAAUCGACGGCAUUGUGGCCGAGUGGAAUGUCAGCUAUGAUCUAUCGGCCCAUGGAACAACCGGAUAUGUGCAGUCCAGCUACGCACCCUGGAUCUGGCCUUCUACGAAGCACUUUAUUCGUGCUAUCACCUCCCUCGGAGUUCGUAUCCCCGAAGAUGCCGCCACCGGCGAUGCUGUUGGAGGAUACUAUAGUCCCCAUAGCCAAGACCCAGCCUCGAUAACUCGAAGCGAUGCCGCCACGGCCUACUGGAAUACCGUGUCCGGCAGACCAGGGCUCCAUCUGAUUACGGGACGAACUGUCACCCGACUUAUAACCAAAAAGAGGGGUCUAGAAGUGACUGUGAAGGGUGUCGAACUCGCGGCGUCAGCCUCACUGCCGCGUAAGAUCGUCAAUGUUUCAAAGGAAGCCAUCCUCGCAGCCGGAGCAAUUCAUACUCCCCAAAUCCUUCAGCUGUCGGGGAUCGGUGACCCUGCCCUGCUGUCCAAACUGAACAUCUCCACCGUAGCCAAUGUCCCCGGCGUUGGUCGCAACCUCCAGGACCAUCUUUACAUCCCCGUAGUCGCUUCAUGGGACUUCCCUCUAACCUCCGCAAACCUCACCAGCAACGUAACCUUCGCGGCGGAGUCCAUGUCCCUGUACAAAUCCAAGAAAACCGGUCCCUACGCCGACGCAACCGGCGACUUCCUCGUCUUCCUCCCAGCCAAGAACUUCACCUCGAAGGUGGUAUCCCUCCACACAACAGCCCUGCGCCAACAACCCAAGUUCCACCUGGAUCCCGACACGCCGGCGACCGUGCGUCUCGGCUACGCGCUCCAGCACAAGCUCCUCACCCACGGCCUGACAGCCGACGACGAGGCGCAGAUCGAGAUCAUCUGGGCGGACGGGACGUUCGUGAUCGGGCUGGAGCACCCGUUCUCGCGCGGUAGCGUCCGACUCGCGUCGACGGACCCUUUCGACGCGCCGCUCGCCGACCCGGCCUACUUCCGGAACCCGAUGGACGUCCAGAUCCUCGUCGAGGCGAUCAGGUAUGCGCGCACGCUGAUGCGCACGGAGGCACUGGCGGCGUUUCAGCCGGUGGAGCUGGUGCCCGGCGCGGGUGUCGUGUCUGAUGCGGAUCUCGAGGCGUAUAUUCGCGACACGGCAGAUACGUUGUUCCAUCCGUCUGGGACAUGCUCCGUUGGGAGGUAUGCGCUGGGUGGGGUGGUUGAUGCGAAGUUCAGGGUGUAUGGGGUGGAGAACCUGCGGGUGGUCGAUGCGAGUGUCUUUCCUAUGCUGCCUUCGACUCAUAUUCAAAGCUCGGUCUAUGCGGUGGCGGAAAAGGCUGCGGAUGCGAUCAAGGAUUCGUGCGAGUAA